GAUAAGUUGAUCACCUCUAAGCCCCGCCCCCUGCCCUGGACCCAGUCUUUCACAGUGACGCCAGUCACGCCUGUCCACUUUAGGAAAGCUUAUGCCUCAAAACCUAAAGCCAUACUUGGAAAUGUUUCUUCUGGAAAGUCCGUUACUAAUGAGCAAAGUUCUGGGAAAAUUCGAGUUGUUUUCCAAGCCUUCCAGUGUUGGAAAUGCAGUUCCCUAGAUGGUCCUGUUGUUUUUAGAAGCUGCUUUCUGCUUUGAGCUUAGGGGCUCAUGGUUCAGUGGAAAGGAUGCUCUGGACUUCUGGAAUAUGUGGGCUCCAGCCACGCUGCCAGGAUUAUGGUUGUCAGAAGCCCCCAGCCCUUCGUGCCUGGCUCUCAGCUCACCUUUUAGAGGAAGACUGGGGCAGCCUGGACUUCCAUGCUUUCCAGAUCAAGUCCUUCACAUCGCUGCGCUUCCUGUCGGAGCCCUCUGAUGCCGUCACCAUGCGCGGAGGGAAUGUCCUCCUGAACUGCUCUGCCGAGUCUGACCGGGGCGUCCCCGUCAUCAAGUGGAAGAAAGACGGCAUCCACCUCGCCUUGGGAAUGGACGAAAGGAAGCAGCAACUUCCAAAUGGGUCUCUGUUGAUCCAAAACAUACUUCACUCCAGGCACCAUAAGCCAGACGAGGGACUUUACCAAUGUGAGGCAUCUUUAGGGGAUGCUGGGUCAAUUGUUAGCCGGACAGCAAGAGUUGCAGUAGCCGGACCCCUGAGGUUCCUCUCCCAGACAGAAUCUGUCACUGCCUUCAUGGGCGACACAGUGCUACUCAAGUGUGAAGUCAUUGGGGAGCCGAUGCCAACAGUACACUGGCAGAAAAACCAGCAAGACCUGACCCCCACCCCUGGCGACUCCCGUGUGGUAGUCUUGCCCUCCGGAGCCUUGCAGAUCAGUCGACUUCAACCGGGGGACAUUGGAAUCUAUCGAUGCUUAGCCCGGAAUCCAGCCAGCUCAAGAACAGGAAAUGAAGCAGAAGUCAGAAUCUUAUCAGAUCCGGGACUGCACAGGCAGCUGUAUUUUCUGCAAAGACCAUCAAAUGUAGUCGCCGUUGAAGGAAAGGAUGCCAUCCUGGAGUGCUGUGUUUCCGGCUACCCUCCCCCGAGUUUUACCUGGCUCCGAGGAGAGGAAGUCAUCCAACUCAGGUCCAAAAAGUAUUCUUUAUUGGGUGGAAGUAACUUGCUUAUCUCCAAUGUGACAGAUGAUGACAGUGGAACUUACACCUGUGUUGUCACAUAUAAAAAUGAGAAUAUCAGUGCUUCUGCAGAGCUCACAGUCUUGGUUCCGCCAUGGUUUUUAAAUCACCCUUCCAACCUCUAUGCCUAUGAAAGCAUGGAUAUUGAGUUUGAAUGCACAGUCUCUGGGAAACCUGUGCCCACUGUGAACUGGAUGAAGAAUGGAGAUGUGGUCAUUCCUAGUGAUUAUUUUCAGAUAGUGGGAGGAAGCAACCUGCGGAUCCUUGGGGUAGUGAAGUCGGAUGAGGGCUUUUAUCAGUGCGUGGCUGAAAAUGAAGCCGGAAACACGCAGACGAGUGCACAGCUCAUUGUCCCUAAGCCUGCCAUCCUGAGCUCCAGUGUCCUCCCUUCAGCUCCCAGAGACGUGGUCCCUGUCCUGGUUUCUAGUCGGUUUGUCCGUCUCAGCUGGCGCCCACCUGCAGAAGCAAGAGGGAACAUCCAAACUUUCACGGUCUUCUACUCCAGGGAAGGUGACAACAGGGAACGAGCAGUGAACACGUCGCAGCCCGGGUCCCUCCAGUUUACCGUGGGAAACCUGAAGCCAGAAGCCAUGUACACCUUCCGAGUCGUAGCCUACAACCAGUGGGGGCCCGGGGAGAGCUCUCAGCCCAUCAAGGUGGCCACCCAGCCUGAGCUGCAAGUUCCAGGGCCAGUGGAAAACCUGCAAGCUGUAUCUACCUCACCUACCUCAAUUCUUAUUACCUGGGAACCCCCUGCCUAUGCAAACGGUCCAGUGCAAGGUUACAGAUUGUUUUGCACUGAAGUGUCCACGGGAAAAGAACAGAAUAUAGAGGUUGAUGGGCUAUCUUAUAAACUGGAAGGCCUGAAAAAAUUCACAGAAUAUAGUCUUCGAUUCCUAGCUUAUAACCGCUAUGGGCCAGGAGUAUCUACUGACGAUGUGACAGUGGUUACGCUUUCUGAUGUGCCAAGUGCCCCGCCUCAGAACGUCUCCCUGGAAGUAGUUAAUUCGAGGAGUAUCAAAGUAAGCUGGCUGCCUCCUCCAUCAGGAACACAAAAUGGAUUUAUUACCGGUUAUAAAAUUCGACACAGAAAGACAACCCGCAGGGGUGAGAUGGAAACACUGGAGCCAAAUAACCUCUGGUACCUGUUCACAGGACUGGAGAAAGGAAGUCAGUACAGUUUUCAGGUGUCAGCCAUGACAGUCAACGGCACUGGCCCGCCUUCCAACUGGUUCACAGCAGAGACUCCGGAGAAUGAUCUGGAUGAGUCUCAAGUUCCUGACCAGCCAAGCUCUCUUCAUGUGAGGCCCCAGACCAACUGCAUCAUCAUGAGUUGGACCCCUCCCUUGAACCCAAACAUUGUGGUGCGAGGUUACAUCAUCGGAUAUGGUGUCGGGAGCCCUUAUGCUGAGACAGUACGUGUGGACAGUAAGCAGCGCUACUAUUCCAUCGAGAGGUUAGAGUCAAGUUCCCAUUAUGUCAUCUCCCUAAAAGCUUUCAACAAUGCAGGAGAAGGAGUUCCUCUUUAUGAAAGUGCUACCACCCGGUCUAUCACAGAUCCCACUGACCCGGUUGAUUAUUAUCCUUUGCUUGAUGACUUCCCCACCUCGGUCCCAGAUGUCUCCACCCCCAUGCUCCCCCCAGUAGGUGUGCAGGCUGUGGCUCUCACCCACGAUGCCGUGAGGGUCAGCUGGGCAGACAACUCUGUCCCCAAGAACCAAAAGACGUCCGAAGUGCGACUUUACACUGUCCGGUGGAGGACCAGCUUUUCUGCGAACGCAAAAUACAAGUCAGAAGACACAACGUCCCUGAGUUACACGGCGACGGGCCUCAAACCAAACACGAUGUAUGAGUUCUCCGUCAUGGUCACGAAAAACAGGAGGCCCAGUACCUGGAGCAUGACUGCACACGCCACCACCUACGAGGCAGCCCCGACCUCUGCUCCUAAGGAUUUGACAGUCAUUACUCGAGAAGGGAAGCCUCGCACUGUCAUCGUGAGCUGGCAGCCUCCCUUGGAAGCCAAUGGGAAAAUUACUGCUUACAUCUUGUUUUAUACCUUGGACAAGAACAUUCCAAUUGAUGACUGGAUUAUGGAAACAAUCAGUGGAGACCGGCUUACCCAUCAAAUCAUGGAUCUCAACCUGGACACUAUGUAUUACUUUCGAAUUCAAGCACGAAAUGCCAAAGGAGUGGGGCCUCUCUCGGAUCCCAUCCUCUUCCGGACUCUGAAAGUGGAACACCCUGACAAAAUGGCUAAUGACCAAGGUCGCCAUGGAGAUGGAAGUUAUUGGCCAGUUGAUACGAAUUUGAUUGAUAGAAGCACUCUGAAUGAACCACCCAUUGGCAAGAUGCACCCCCCACACGGCAGCGUCACUCCUCAGAAGAACAGCAACCUGCUUGUGAUCAUCGUGGUCACCAUUGGCAUCAUCACAGUGCUGGUGGUGGUGGUGGUGGCUGUGAUUUGUACGCGGCGUUCUUCAGCCCAGCAGAGAAAGAAACGGGCCACCCACAGCGUUGGCAAAAGGAAGGGCAGCCAGAAGGACCUGCGGCCCCCGGACCUGUGGAUCCAUCACGAAGAAAUGGAGAUGAAAAAUAUCGAGAAGCCGCCAGGCGCGGACCCGACGGCGCGGGACUCCCCCAUCCAGAGCUGCCAGGACCUCACGCCCGUCAGCCACAGUCAGUCAGAGACGCAGCUGGGGAGCAAGAGCACCUCUCAUUCAGGUCAAGACACAGAAGAAGCAGGGAGCUCCAUGUCCACUCUGGAGAGGUCCCUGGCUGCACGCCGAGCGACCCGGGCCAAGCUCAUGAUCCCUAUGGACGCCCAGUCCAACAAUCCUGCUGUCGUGAGUGCCAUCCCCGUGCCAACCCUAGAAAGUGCCCAGUACCCAGGAAUCCUUCCAUCACCCACGUGUGGAUACCCCCACCCACAGUUCACCCUCCGGCCUGUGCCAUUCCCAACACUGUCAGUGGACCGAGGUUUCGGAGCAGGAAAAACAGUGAGCGAAGGACCAGCCGCCCAACAGCCAGCCAUGUUGCCCCCAGCGCAGCCCGAGCAUCCCAGCAGUGAGGAGGCACCCAGCAGAACCAUCCCCACAGCCUGUGUUCGGCCAACCCACCCCCUCCGCAGCUUCGCCAACCCUUUGCUACCUCCACCGAUGAGUGCAAUAGAACCGAAAGUCCCUUACACACCACUGCUGUCUCAGUCAGGGCCUACUCUUCCCAAGACUCAUGUUAAAACAGCCUCUCUUGGGUUGGCUGGAAAGGCAAGAUCUCCUUUGCUUCCUGUAUCUGUGCCGACAGCCCCUGAAGUGUCUGAGGAGAGCCACAAACCAACAGAGGACCCAGCCAAUGUGUAUGAACAGGAUGAUCUGAGUGAACAAAUGGCAAGUUUGGAAGGGCUGAUGAAGCAGCUUAAUGCCAUCACAGGCUCGGCCUUUUAACACGCAUUCCCGAAUUGACGAGCUGAAUUUGCGGGGACCUCCGCAGCAUUACCAGUUACCCACGAACAGCACACCUGUGUCCAAGGACUCUAACCAAUGUACAGGUCAGCCAUCAAGACCACUCACUCCUGGAAGAUCCUACAGCAGUUCAGAAGGAAGACGCAGUCCUUCCUUCCUGGGCAUCAGGAGUUUCAAAAUGAGGACUCUGGGGUCCCUCAACAAAAGCUAAGACACAUCUUCACUGCAGUGCCAAAGCUGAAGCUGCAAGAACAGUCCUGGGCCUUUGCCACUGCAGUGACCGCACUGUCAUGACAAACACUUAACGUUCUUCAUCAAGGCCUGUCCGUUUCUCCGAAUGUGUAGGUCUAGUCUUACAAACGGCAAGUGCAUUAUUGAAGCCUGUACCCUGCCAUGGCAAACCAGUGCAAGCUCACUAUUUUGUUUCCAAAUUGAAAGUACAGAGCACCCAUGGGAACUUUCUCACCAAAGGAUUGAUGUUUUUCUGACAGCACAAAAAAAGUAAACAGGCAAACAGAGGCUUCUGUCACGUGGUCACACUUGCACAGGUGGUGGGUAUCAGCAAGUGGCUGCGAAAUUCACCCGUGUUAGCAAGGUAUCUGUAAAUCCACCCUUGGUUAACACUGAUGUCUGGAGAACAGGAACACUUAAAAAUCUCCAGCUAGGGGCAUGCUGCCAGCCACCGGUCCACUUCCUGAAGGAGGAUAUAAUAUGCAAUCUUCUCAGACACCCAGUAAUUAUGAGCUUAAACCUUCUAACAGGACACUGUUCAAUCUGGGUGGCUUUUGUGCCAUCCCACACUGUGAUGAUAUUUCAAAGCUUCACCAAGCCCGUCUCCCUCAGAAGUCUGGCUGGAAGAGUCCCCCUCUCCACCCCAUCCCUCCCUGAGUCCUCCUGGGCAGCCAGUCCCGGUCAGGUGGCCAGCUCCACACAUUCCAUGCCACCCGCCCCCGCCCCGAUCUACCUUCCUGAAACCCUCUGUGGACGUGGCAGACCCAUCCCAUCCAAGGAAGGGAAGGAAAAUGGAAGGUGGUUUCAAACAGUACCUUCUCUUAAGUGAUGUCUCUUCCACCAGCAGGGUCCUCACUGACUCAGGGCAGGCAGUGUUGAUGAAUGGCGACCACCAGGUUUGUUGUCAAGGAAACUUUCUGCACCACGGCUGCCCAGAGUCAGAGAGGAACGGAGAGGAAGACACCACUUGACACUUCUGACACAUCAUCCUAAAUCCGGUGGAUGCUCUUUAAAACUGCAUCUUCAUUGUGAGCUAGAACCUUAAACUCCUAUUGCCAUGUUUAUCUACAGCUUGCAACUAGGUGAAAUUAAAAACAUUGUGUGUGCACCCUUUUAGUUUCUGAAUUUGCAGCUGCAGAUUUGGAGUUAAUCCAUUUGUGCAGCUGAAUCGCCAAAAGGGAGCCCGUUUGCAUAUUUAUCUGUUAGGCAACUUGAAAACCCAAUAAGAGAGUUUCAGCUGAAUUACUCCUUUCAGCUCUGCCUUUGAUUUCAAGCUUGAGUAGGUCAUAAUUUUAAAAGAGCAUGGAAGGAAUAGGAUCUUUACAACCUAAUAGCUCCUUUUAUUAGGUGGGUAAUUAUAUAUGAAUCCCUGAAUGAAAUAUUUUGAGCAAAAUGGCACUGUAACAGAAGUAAUAAUUCAGAUUAUUUUUUUACAGUUUUAUGUCGGGAAGGAAAUCUGAUGUCAAAGAGAGGGCUUGUUCAAAUGGUUCAUUAGAAAGUCCGGUCCAUUUGUGAAAUUGUUCUUUCAACAAGAGUGCUUGUUCAAUUUACUUAUAUUUUCAUGAAGUCCUUCUGAAGAGCUAUGUGACGUUAUCCUCUGGGGCAGAUAACUCUUAUUCAAUAUCUAAACACUUAGGCAAACAACACUCCACUGACCUGGAACAAGGCAUUUCAUAACAUAAUAUUGAGUCUUACAAAAAAUAAUCCAUGACAUCAGAAAAAAAAAAAAAAUGUCCAUUAGCCCACCUUACCUUCUCAAGGUCCUAGGAUGGGUUUUCCAUUCUAAUCCUCACAAACACGGAACAUUCUCUGAAGGCAUCUGAUACCCAAGGAAAGUCACCCUGAGGGUCCAGUUUGGAAUGAGCUGCGGAUUUCAGGGACUAGUCAUGUCUUCAGUCUGUAUGCUGUAUCUGCACAAUCAAGAGAACUAGCAUUUUUACAACAUUCCAAACUCCUCUAGUCAAAGUCAAUGAUCUUAGGAGAUACAUUGUUUAAACACAUGAAAAUAUACAGUGUAUGAUUUCAGCAUGCUCUUGAAACUGUCUUCAUAAACACACCCAAUGCUCUAUCUUAGUAAUUGGCAAUGCUAAUAAGUCUUAGCUCAUGCAAGGAAUAUGUGGUAGAAUCCAUUUACAUUCUCAGAAGAGGCUCUUGGGAGAUUGGCCCAGUGGUUUGAACAUGACUUGACCACAACUCUGUACAACCCUGCUCCUUGUUCUCUCAGAUAGUUCACGUGCGUGUACAACUGCCUGCCCAAGUGUACAGGUAACUUUUUAAUUUCCCGGUCUCCUGAUCUCUCGACAAGAAGAAAUCUGUGAAUCCUGCAAGAUAACCUUUGUUUUGCUCUUACUCUGAGUCUAGUUCAUGACAAACAGGGCUCUUUAAGCUCAUAAAUCUCCCUGAUUCCCGUGGGGUGAUGCUUGACAGCCAACCAGCAGCUCUGCCACCAGAAGUCAGUUCUCCCCGAAAAAGAAGAAAAUAAAACUUGGCAGAGCAUGCUCAGACCCCGCCCCACAAACCGCCCCCCGCCCCCCAGCUCUGCUGAACUGUCAGGCAUGAGCCGCCUCUUGAAAAAGCUUGGUAUGUUUCUUUGGUAUUUCAUGCUGAUAAGAAAGCUAUUUUCUUUCCUCUAGGAAGUUCUGCAUUUGAGAAACUCACAAAAAUGCAGAGAGCUCAAAAUGCACAGAACACUUGGAGGAUGCUCUGGCCAAGAGUUAAAUAGUUCUUAGAGACUCACUCUCAAUAAGAAAUGAGUCACAGCUCUUUGUAGAACAGAGCUAUAAGCUUCUAGAGCAUUUAAAUAAUGGAACUUUACAUUUGGAUAUUAUAAAGUGCACAUACAAUUGAACAAGCUGGAAAAAAAUCAAGUGAGGGCAGGGAUAUAGGAAGUGAAUUUAUUAAGGCUUCCUAGGAGGGGUUGGAUAUAACAUUAUUAUUUUCUUCAAAAUAAGGGUCGUUCCCAGUGACGUACAUGUUUUCGUCCCCUGCAUUGGGUAAGACCUACAAAAGUCCAGCACUGGUGUGUCAUUCCAGACAUUUGGAAACUAUAAUAGUUUGGCAUUCAUUGGCUUUUCCCGUAAAGAAUCUAAGCACAGGUCUUUCUGGAAGCCUUCACAGUCUGUGCUUGAAAAUGGUUACUCAUUCCCAGUUACCCUUGUGAUACAGCUGUCUGUUGACUCUGUUUAAAGAGACGUCUUAAGGUCUUCUCCAAACAUAAUAGUGUCUCAUACAUGGCUGCUGAACUGAAAUUCUAACCACCCCACCCCAAAAAAGCCACCUCUAAAGAGAUCCCCUUACCUUUUAUAUAAAAAACUGUGUUCCAGACUGACUCCUUGUAAUUUCAGAAUGUCCAUUUCUAGUUCAUGAGAGAGAAAAAGAAAUAGAGUAAGUCCCUAGUUUGACACAUGUUUAUCAAAAACAAAACCGUCAGAACUUUAAAAUAGAUGCAGAGUGCGGUCGCUUUCCCUUCCUGGACCAAUUUACUUCAUCUAAACGCAGACCGUACCUAAGGCCAGAUGUUAAUAUCCUCGCAUGUUCAUCACCCACAUACACAAGAGAGAACCCCCAACAAUCCGGAGCAGCAGAGCAGUCGGUUGUACACUCAAACCUACUAUCUCUUUUUAAAUAUUUUCAAAGCGACAUUUGACUUACAAUAAUUUGUAUUUCUCUGGUAACUUUCAGAAAGCACUUUCCUAGUGUACAGAAAAGCUUUUCACUUGAUUCCAACGUUUCCAAUUAAGUCAGACUUUGGAAAAAAUCAUAGAUGUUUUGUAUGAUAUUCCAUUGCAUUCAAAAAUACAUGCUAUCCCAUGUGUCAGUGUAACUUGCUAUUGAAAUACCUGCUUCCAAAAUGUCCUGAUUCUGGAAAGAAAUGCCUGAAUAUUUCCUGGUCAGUGAGAUCAGAUGGAAGUGCACACACUAAGACCGUAUCUUGGCUCUUCAUUGCCGCUCCCGGGUAACGUUCUCUUGCUGGAUUUCUGCUGCACUCUGAAGGACUUCUGCUCUCAGCAGAGAGCCUCUGUACAUUGUCAUCCUCUGAUUUUUUUGUUGGUUGGAGAGCAACAGCAAAAACUCUACAAGAUGUCGCGAACACAGAUACAUGGGCCAAGGGGUCUCAGUGUGUGCUGAACGUGUGUUCUCAGAUGCAAGAAAGGAAGGUUAGAGAGGAGGAGAAAUGCUGUUUUUUUAUUACUGUAGGGUAAACCUGACAAUUCAGAACUUCGUGAAUUGUCAGCUUGUUUUGGGGGGGGGCGGGUUGGGUGGGUGGGUCCAGGGUGUACUUUUUAUAAGUAAUAUUUAAUUUAUUAUUUAGAGUGGCUUCUUUUUUGGAUAAUUUAUGAUACAGAGGGAGACCUGGUUGGGAAUCUAGAUCUGGCUGUUAAAGCUGCAGUGAUCCAUAGCUUAGAGGGACCACUUUGGAGAUGAACUGUCCACUGCUCAGUAUGAGGGUGUGCCCAGGCAAAGCCCCCGCUGAAUUUCUGUCAUCACCGCCUUCUCCCUUGCCAGGGUCAUUCAGACUUGGUUACCACCAAACCCACAAUAUUCUGAUGGCAUUUUUCAGAUCACAUGCUACUCAUUCUCUCCGAGGGCUUUGCGAUUCAAAUUGUUAGUGUGCUAGUGGUAGGUUUAUUUGGUAGAAAUGGGUACACUACAGCUUUAACUAGCCUUAGUGGAAAGAAGAAAUUUUUUGUUGCUACAAAAUGCCUUUUAAUGUCAAAAAAAAAAAAAAGGUAUUUUGAGCCCACAAAGAGUUUCUUUAAAUUGUCAGACUCUAGCAUUGUUAACCAAAUUAGACUAGUGAUUGCAAUAUUUAAGUGUAAAUCUUGUUCUAUGAGAAAGGAAACUUGCUUACAGUUUAAAACAAUGACUGUUUCUACACACGAUCUUGUAUACUACUACACGAGGAAAAAGGGGUUUUGUAAUCACUGUAGAACAGUCUCAUAUUCAUUUUUUAUAGAAAUGUUAUUCCAAUGGUGCAUUUUUUGUUUAAUAAAUAAAGUUUUGAUACAAA